GAUAAUCGAACGGCAACACCGACUGACCUCAUCGUUUCCUCUCUUCUUCUCAGCCCUCUUGAGGCCUUCCUAGUCCGUCUCAUCCAAUCAUCUCUCAUUUAAUUUUCUGCACUGUUGACGUUUGGUCUACUAACGCAUGAUGCUAGCCCCUGCGUCCCCAGUGGUAUCUGGACUUCCGGUAUUGAGGAACUGAUGGACAGGUGGGCCAUGUGUUAUCUGCGGCCGACCCGACUUUCUAUCUGGAGUUAGAGCGAAUACUACUCUACGCAAUCAUGUCUUCCUCAAUGCGCUCAUCCCGUCAGAGGACAUCUAGCUUGUCCCGUCCUAUUCGCACUAGCCGUACCCGAGUGCAAUCAUAUCUUGAGGGUAGCAGUUCUGAUGAUCGGCUGGAUGAAGACACCGACUCUGAUCAGGAACGAUCUAGACGAAUGUCGCUUUCGCUGCGCCCACGCGGUUCAAAUAGAGCCCCUGUUUCUUAUCGAGAGGAAUCUACAGAUGAUGACUUUGAGCGAUCUUCUAACGAGGACCCUUCAGCCAUCGUGCCCGUUGAAGCUCCAACUCGAUACACCUAUCCGUUUCCCCAAUCUGCUGGCAGUGGCACAUCUUCCCGGCCUAGACGCAAUCGCACGGUGAAAACCAGGUCCCAGACUAGAAGGUCCAAAAGGCCCCCUGCGAAGAACCGCCUGGAAUUGGGAAGACCUCUCAACAAGCGUCCAAAGGUUCAGGCAGAUGACAUGCUCCCGGUCGGCUCUGGAGUCAUACCACCCUGGCACACCCUUCCGUACCACAUAUUGUUUGACAUAUUCUUCCGUGCAUCGUUUCCUCUGAUGGAUGAGAAGACGACAACUAGAAACAGUUCGACGCAAUGGCUCGUGAGCGUUUCCUUGUUGUGCCGCGCUUUUCAUGAGCCAGCAUUGUCAGCCCUCUACCAUUCUCCGCCUCUGAUACCUAUCAAAUGCCAUGCUCUGCUCAACCUGCUAUGUCAGCCGCAGGAGACACUUUCAACCAACUAUAGAAAUAAGAUCCAAGAGUUGCACGUCGACGUGGAGACCCUGUUGCUCCACAAAAGCGGACCAACGCUCGGUUAUUUUGAACUCCCUAGGCUUAUCGAAAAGACACCUCAAGUAAAGAAAGUGCGGCUGUAUCACAAAGGUGACUUCAUUGUGGGUCUCGCUCCAUGGCAGAUACAGCGGUCUAAAUGGGUCUAUCCCGAGAGUCUAUUCGAAUCGAUGAAUGCGAGCUUGAUACACCUGCGCAGCUGGGAUUGGAACAGCCGGUUUAUGGAAGCGAAGCAACUGAUUCCCUUCCUUCUCGGCAAACAUUACGACCGGGCGUUCCGGGGCUUGCGCGAGUUACGACUGUUGCAUGUCGCUUCAGAAGAUAUUGAUCACGGUGGAAGUGCAGAGCCAUCCAACGAGCGGGAAGUGAUUCUCGCUACUGCGAUUAAGGAGCUUCCAUAUCUGCGUCGGCUGGAAUUUUCCGAGUGCUCGAUUGUCAACGAGCAUCUCCUCCUCAAUAUGCCCUCGGCACUUACCUCUCUCACCAUCAACAACUGCGAUGAAGUAACCACCUCAAAUCUCAGUGCAUUUCUCGCUGCUCAUGGGCAGCAUCUUCGGGAACUCAAACUUAGUCACAACAGGCAUUUAAGUAUGUCAUUUGUUGUAGGACUAGCGGAGUAUUGCCAGGUGCUUGAAAGGUUCAAGAUGGACAUAUCUAUGCAUGACUGGUCCAUUAAUCACGAUGUGGAGCCACAUUUCCCCGAGCUGCUUGGUUCCUCUGAGGUGCCAACCUGGCCCACCACAUUGCAAGAGAUUGAGCUGAUACAAUUGCGAAAAUGGGACGACACGACAGCUGAGGUAUUCUUUACGUCUCUUAUCGAUUCCGCAAGGGAACUUCGAAACUUACGCCGUUUAAUUAUCAGCGCCAUCUUGAAGAUCGGAUGGCGUGACCGCGCAUCUUUCAGAGAGAAAUGGAUUGGAAAGAUGGAGAGGGUGUUCUUGCGAAGGAGUCCUCCUCCGAACCCUGAUCUUCACAGCCUCCGUAAGGGAACCCCUCAGCUUGACCAAAAUGAUGCUGCCACCCAGUCUGAAGCACAUCAUAGCGGCCUGUCGACGCCAUCCAAGCGCAAAAGCGCACGUCUUGCGGAACGCAAGCAUUCAGAAGCUGAAGAUAAUAUGGAAUUGAGCGCACCAGACCGAGUGUCGAAUGGUGGCGAUGGAGACCUUUAUAUCCAAGGAAUGUGUGAUAUUGUCAUGGUCAGAAUUGACAAUUUGCGCCCGACUGAACUGCAAUUUAAUGAACAAGAUUUUCUUGAUGACGAGAUCAGUGGUGACGAAGACUGGAAUGGUAACGACUUCGACGCUAGUGCGGCAGGGCAUGCAUGGUAAUAUCAACGUUUUUCGGGUUCUUUGCCUUUCGUCUCUACAUUGUUUCCCCUUCGUUCUGUUACUGGAUGGUCUCUUCUUCGCGCAAGUUCCAAUACAGGCGCUUGAUUGGUUUGACGGUUGCUCCUUCAUUAUGUUAUUCUACGAGUUGGAGCACCCUAAAGUGGCGUUCUUGGUGGGGUGUUGGGUUACAGGAUUAAAGAUGGUUAUUAUCAUGGUCAACGGUAUGGGUGCAUUAAGUGGCAUACCCUGGUGCUUCAUGUUUAUGAAUUUCUUCCUAAAAAUGACUGUCCCCAAUACCAUGUGCUCUUACUGAUAUAUGGAUAUUCUCCCGAAACUACGCCCG